AUGAAAAAAUUUCUAAAUUCUUUCAAGUAAAUUGUGGGAUCAUAAAAUAUGAUAACAGAUCCAUUUGAUUUGAAACCUUUGAAUUAAGAUUGGUAGAGAUUCUAUUAAGGAAAGUCUGAAUUGGCUGUCACUCCUACUUCAACAAAGAUGGUGAGUGAAGUUUUGUAAUUUUGCAAUUAAAAUAAUAUAAAAGUGGUACCAUAAGGAGGAAAUACAAGUUUUGUAGGUGGAGCAACUCCAGUUUAAGAUGAAUUAAUCUUAAGUUUAAAAAAGAUGAAUAACAUUUUAGAAUUCGAUACAACAACAUCUAUAGUAACAGCUGAGUCUGGUGUAAUUUUGCAAUCUCUUAAUGAUUAUUUGUAAGCAUAUAGAUGUAUAGAAUGAAUUAAAUUAAUAUAGAUUAAAUGCCUUGGGAUUUAGGAGCUAGAGGAUCAUGUUAAUUAGGUGGAAAUAUAGCAACAAAUGCAGGUGGUUUAAAUGUAGUAAGGAAUGGUCCAUUAAGAAAUUAUGUAAUGGGUUUAGAAGUUGUAUUACCUAAUGGAAAAGUUUUGAAUUUAAUGAAUAAGAAUAGAAAAGAUAAUACAGGAACAGAUUUGAAAUAAUUAUUUAUUGGAUCUGAAGGAACUUUAGGAAUUAUAACAUAAGCAAAUGUAUUAUGUAGUCCAAUACCAGAAUAAAGAUAAGUAUUUUUUUUAGAGUUAAAUGAUUUUGAUGAAGUCAUAUAUUUAUUGAGAUCAGCUAAAUAAUUUGAAUAAUUAGGAGCAUUUGAAUUGAUGGAAGGUAGAAUUUUAAAAAGAUGUUUACCAUUUAAUGGUUAAUUAAAGGCUCCAUUUGAAUUUAAAGAGGAUAAGUAUUAUGUUUUAAUAGAGAUUUGUGGAUAAUAGAUAGAAUUAGAAUAUUAUUUUGAACGUUUAUUGAAACAUACAGAAUAGAUAGUGUUUAAUUAGAAUGAAUCUGAAUUGUAGACAAUGUGGAGAUGGAGAGAAAGUGUACCAGAAAAUUUACAUAAAAUGGGACAUGUUUUAACAUAUGAUUUAAGGUAUAUUAUAUAAACAUAAAUAAAUAAUAGUAUACCACCUGAUAAAUUUGAAUGGUUUGCAGAAUAAGUUUAUUAUGGAAGAAAAGGUCCUUAUAAUGCAUUUUAUGGACAUUUAGGAGAUGGAAAUAUUCAUUAUAAUAUAAUUUUUGAUAGUGUAGAGGAAAUGCAUAAGGAAUAAUAGAGAGUUGAAGAAAAAAUAAUAACUUUAACAAAGAAUUUGUAUGGAUCAAUAAGUGCAGAACAUGGAGUUGGAUAAUUAAAAAGACAUUAUAUGUAAGUUUAAAAAGGCAAAGAUACAUUUAAAUACAUGUAGACUUUAAAGGAGUUAUUUGAUCCUAAUAACAUUUUAAAUCCUGAAAAGUUAUUAUGAAAUAUAUAUAAC